AUGCUACCACAGAUGAAGCCGCAUAUCGACUACUGCGCUCGCUCUUCAGCUGUGGAAGCUAAUGUCAAGGUUGGUAAACAUAGGAUGCGUCUAAAGCGAUCAUUCUCCAACUUUCCUAAGCUAUGCUACUCUAAAGUAAGCCGCAAGCGGAUUAUUGUCGUCGCUCGUGACCUAAGCAUGCAUAUGUGAAGGAUGGCAAACCAAUGGUCAGUAUACAGCGAUCGAUUCUCAACUCUCCUAAGGUAUGCAAGGAUAGAUUUAGCCGCAACCCUACUAUUGCUGUCACUCUUCAGCCGUCUCCAAGCAUAGGUCAAGGUUGACUAACCAUGGCUCGGUCUGCAGCUGUCGCACCUCAACUGUUGGAGACUUUGAUAAUCUAAGUGAGGCAACACGUGCACUGCAGAUCAGAUAAAAUCGAGGUCGGAUGAAACGAAAAAUAUGUAAGGCUAUAACCUACUCAAAUAGGUAGAGCAUGUAUUAUUUCUAGGCACCGGAUAUUUGGGUGUCCUCUCCCGAUUGCUAUCCCGUUAAGGUUAGGGUUGGGGUCAAGGUUAGGGUUAGGAUUAUGGCUAGGCUUUGGGUUAGCUUUGGGCUUUAGGAUUUUGGUUACGUUUCAGUUUUGAGGCUUACGCUUAAGCUUUACGCUUGCGGUUAGAGUUGCCUUUUAGGUUUAAGCGUAGUGUUUGAAUUUCUGCCAUUAUUCAACCUACUUAAAACUUCCCAGCUCUUUGCCUGGUAACUUUACUUUUUUCCCAGAAACCCCACCAUUCUUCCACCAGACCUUCCAUUUACCCCACCCAUAUAACCCCAUUUCCCACCGUUUCCGUACGACAGGGACCUGGCUUUCCGCCUUCCUAUUCCUGGCUACCAACUGCGAUCUAACCGAAGAGAGUACUAAUAUUAUCGUUCUCUGGUCAUCACAAAAGACGAUAAAUUCCCGCAUGGAUUCGACUCAUAUGUGGCAAAACGCUGCUGUGUCUGGGUGUCACAUAAACCCCGUUUCGUAGUCGGUUUUGCCUUCCUAGUGGUCGCACGUGGUUAGAUGUUAGUGAAAAUUGAGGUCUGUGGGCCAGAUUUAGACUUGCGCGCGCGUCUGCUCCGACUUUCAGACGCGAAAGGACGAAUCAGCCGCGACACGACCGCGCAUCUUAAGACGUUGUUGGCGCGCAAGUAUCUUAAGACUCUGCAACAGUCGGAUAUCUUCGUCACCAAUUGGUCGCCUCGGAUAACUACGCGCGCAAGUCACGUCUGAGCACUGGUUGCUUCCUCUCUCUAUUUCGUGCGCCGAGGGGGGGAGAGGGAUGGGAACGGGGGGGGGGAUCUGGCCUCAGGUGACGGGCCAACUCGUCGUUAGUCGCGAGCACCUAAAAUGCUUGAGAGUUACCAAUGCCCUCAUAAUAGUUGUACACAAACCCAUUAACUGCAGGUUUUUGAUUUCCACUAAACUUAAGCGCUAACUUAGAGUAAGUCAAUCUGCUUGAGCUCAGGGUGAAAUUUCAUGUGAAUGUUUGGGGCCAAAGUCCACCAGCCCCGGCAGAAUAACAGCAAAAUAUUCACAAAAUGCUAACAGGCAGCCAGUAAUAUAAACACACAGUAGGUGGGCUAACUCAUGAAAUGUCAACCGAAAUUCAGAAAUGCGUUUUCGUUUCGAAAAGAUUAAUUAAGUAAAGUUGUAAAACUGGUCAGCCUGACACAUAAUUCUAUAAUAUUUUAGUUACCUCAGGAUUCCGGCUUUCGAAUGAACUUCCUUCCGGCUGCAUGCAAAAACUGCACUCUGUAAAAACUACUACUUAAGCAGCAUGAAUUUUUCUCGUUGAUUUUCAAUGCCUCUAAAUGUCCAAUUAUAUUUCAUGGAAAACAUGCAUAAAAAUAUUCACUCUUCCGCUCAUUUAGUAGGCAAUUACGUCUUCUUUCAAUCAUAUACUCGAAGGAAGGCUAUAAUUCGGUUUUCAAAAAAUUUUCCAAUUCCCGAAUAAUUUUGAACCCGCUCUACCGCCGCACUUAGAUUCAGGGUUUCCAAACUAUACGCGGUAUAUUUUCCGCGUACGGAUAACCACACAUUGCUCUACGAUAAUAAAGGGGGACCAUAUGGGAUUUAUAAAUUUAAACAGUGGAUUUGAUCCAUAUUGUUAAGUUUACAAGCCACAUUGGUAAAUGCAGAGACAUGACGAUUUAUGGACGGCCAUUUCACGGUAUUUAAAAAUCCCACAAUUAGAAACUUUUUAAAAUCGAAAUAUGUCCCUCCUUCGCGAAUAACAUUAGAAGAAGACGUGAUUAUCUGCCGAAUUUGUAAAAGAGUGAAUGUUUUAUAUAUGUUUCCCAUGAAAUAUAAUUGGACAUUUAGGGGCAUCGAAAAUCAGUGAGAAAAACUCAUGCUACUUAAGUGGUCAGUUUUUACGGUGUGUACUUUUUGCAUGCAGUCGGAAGGAAGUUCAUUCGAAAGCCGGCGUCCUGAAGUAACUGAAAUAUUAUAGAAUUAUGUUGCAGCCUGACCAGUUUUACAAAUCUACUACAUUAAUCUUUCGGACCGAAAACGCAUUUUGGAAUUUCGGUUGAAAUUUCAUGAGUUAUCCCACCUAAUGUAAGCUGCACGAUAAGCCAUACUCGGCAACACAGGUACUAGCUAAAAGCCCAGACACGCAUGUUUCGCCGAUAUUCUGUCGCUGUACGACACGGCUUCGAGAGGUUCGGCUCACCAAUGGGUCCCCCGAGCGUUCCCCGUUCUGACGAAUUUAAAAAUCUGCGACCUAAAAACUUGGAUAUCUAUCAGAAAGCAUUCAGGGAAUGCUGGAGGACCCAGUGAUGAACCAUAGAGCGGCAGAAUAUAGGCAAACUACGUGUCUGGGCUGUUAGCUGGUACCUGUGCCACCUAGUACGGCAUAUCAUCCAACCCACGCUCAUCAACUCUUUCAUCAUCUUUUUUAUUAUGGCCACAGGAAUGGAGAACAUUUUUGUCGAAAAUUCUUGUAGGACAAUUUCAAAACGAGGCGUAUUGCCCCCUUUAUUCCUCCUUCGUUAAUUACACCAGUUGAUGGUGUAGUAAGGAUUCAGUGACAAGCGAAUGGUUGUAAGAUUUCAAGUAUUUACAAUUGAUUUCAUCUGGUUUUUUGUCGGGUCUGAGGGACAAGACGCUUUCUACAGUCUCGGAGGAGGUAGAAACCAAGGCGAGAUUAACUUUUUCACUCAAGCAUGCGGUCAACCUACAGAAAACGGCGCCCUACGUAGUGACUGAAAUUAAAACAACGCGAUAGCAAGAAACGGGGUCCGAACUGAUCGACAAACUAGAGUCCAGACGGAAACGUUUAUUUCUUUUAUCUGACAGUAGUCGCUUACCCGAACUCAAAGUCGGCGAUUCGAAUUUGAAUCGCACACCCUUAGGAAUCAUCUGGUUCUUAGUUGUCAGAAGCAUAACACCGAAUGACUGCAUCCGCGUCUUCAGAUGUGGUGCCAGGUCUUUCUGUAAUCGUCGCUCAUUCCGGUGUUGUUACAAUCUCUGACAAUGGACUCCUGCACGAGUUUGAGAACUCAGCACAUUAAACAAACUGUACUGGUGCUCGAUGAGCCUUCUGAUUUACUUAUACGUACAUCAGGAACUCAUACUUUUGUUUCCAGUCGGGAAGUUUGUUUGAGUUAUCGAGGGGGAAGCGACUUACACUCGACCUUGUCGCCAGGCGGUCAGCGCUAUUACACGCAUUAUCCGUCUAUUUUGGUUUGUUAUAUAACAAGAGGAGGUCGAUAAACUGAGUGAAUUAGUAAAUAACAUUGCUUCGAGGCUGAAUCGAGUCGACCGUGUCUCCAGCUCAGGUGAUCCAUCGAUAUACGGAUCACAGUGAUGUUUGCUUAUCACACUGAAUGAGCGGCACCUAGCACGCCAAUCAUCGAUCGAUGGCGCAGAGCUCCGUACGCCAGCGCCAGAUCGAUACAUCAACUGAUUGAAGCUCAGGCCUCGUCUUUGUCGGUAAUACCAUUCUGCUUAUAUCAUGGGCCGUUGUGCGGUUGCUGGUUAGGUUCGAGAGAGAGCCCGUAAGGCACAAGACCGCUGCGCUAUCGCCGCAAGGCACAAGAGGACGAGUGAGGUCCGUAGAAACGAUCUGUGAGCGCCCCUCUACCCUUCGACAGAUUCUUGGCCUGUUUUGUUUCCUGCGUGGUUGAUGAUCGGCUAGCACGCCCUGUAAUUGUCGCUUGUUCUGUUGCUGCUACUAUCUCUGACGAUGGACUCCUGAACGAACCCGGAAGCUCGGAACAAUAAAAUGUUAAGGUGCUCGAUCAUCCUUCUUCUUCAUUUAUACAUAUACCUGGAGCUCAAACCUUUACCUUCAUUUUGGCUCAAACUUCCACCCCCAUUAAGGAUUUUCAGUCUCAAAAUCCUGCUAUUAGCCAGAGCAGAAACUAGUACCACGGCGUUAUUUCUUUGAAUUAAAGAGGUUUCAGUCUCUAAGAUGAAGUGAAAAUCGGAAGUCGCGCAGCGACUAGUAGCAACAUGGACAAGAAAGACUAAGGUGGACUUUUCCUGAUUAUUUGCCAUCAAAGGCACAAAGGGACAGGCAUUGGAUCUACUAAAUAGCGGUAAUGAAAAAAAAGCAGGAGUUCGAAUUUCAGGUAUCCAGCAAGUCUGGGUUUGGUUAAAACGGUCGGACGAAAGCCAAUAAGACAGAGCUGGACAUCCCAGUCUCCCUUGUAUUUAUCGGCAGUCCACUGCUUGCACAUACUGUCUAAAAGGGCUCUGUAUUAAGUCUCCAGACGCACCCAAUCGGUGGAAGUCUCGAUUAAGAUCCCACAUGCUUGGGGUUGAGGGCGGCUGUCUGACGACGGCUGUAUAUUGGAGGUGAUUUGACCAACAGGACUUACUCGUUGAGUUCUGCCUCGGGGCUCAAUGUAAAGCCCUCGACGGCGGUCACAUAGCAACCAGGAAUGUAUUACGAAAGGCUGUCCAAGAAAAACAAGGGGGGGAGGGUCGGAUGAUGGUUUCUGGCAUAUUAACGAUCGUCAGUCAGGCUUGUCCAAUCCAGAUUUUUCGGGGCACCUGUAGUUCCAACCUGGGUUCUUUUGAUUAGUGAACGUAUACUCUAGAUCGCUAUGCGACUGCCUACGAGAGUUCUACACUAGGCUUCAAGGCACAACGAUUCGAGAAAGUCGCGUAACUCGAUUGGUGAAGGCUCUGUGGCGGUCAAGGAUGUGAGAUUGACUUAAACCACGCACAAUAAGUUUGUUUCGUCUACUGUCAGAAGUCGGGGAGCUGUUAGGACUAGUUUAUUCUGUACACAGGGCAGGUUGCCGUAAGUUGGCUGUUUGCUUGCAACAGAGAAAUGCGUCCGUUCACGGAGAGUGUCAGUCACGGUGUGUGUGUUGUUUACGCGGGUGUGCGUCUGGGUCAGCAGGAGGAGUGACUGGCUGAGUGUUGGUUGUGUGAUUGGACAAAUUAGGGGAGGAAUGGAGGGCGCAUACUCACAAGGCCUCACGGGAAUCAAGCCAGAGCGUUCGACGCGGGUUAGGUGAUACUAAUUUGUGAGGGCAGCCGGGAGUCACUGCAGCUGGACGGGAGGGACCCCAGUUCUAGCCGGUGUGGGUGGUCGUGUGUCAACGGCCUGUCAGUGCUUGUCACGGCCAUCGACCGACAAAACGGAGCAGGAGAAAAGGGGGGCUGGAGCGGCUGCUACAGCUCUUUUCAGCAUGUCUUAAUAUCCCGGACCGCAGUCGAUGGGAUAAAGAUCCCCCAGGGCAUUGGUUAGAGGGUUUGACUUACUAACGCUCAAAAACCAGAAGCGCCCGGCUACGAACCCCAGGGGUCCCAAAAAAGUGGGGAUUUUGCGACGCAGCCUGACGAUGACUGUCUACCUCGGUCUGUCUUGUCUUUGGCUGUAGUGUUAUUCUGCCUGUCUGUCUGUUGGUUGGGCUUUAGAUUGAGCCUGAAGGCACACCCCAAGGCGUAUGUCUCGCAACGUGAUCGAUGACCGUCUCCCUACCUUGAACAAGAAGACACGAUCGUCGAGACAAGAGCUUCAUUAGCCUUGUCCCGGCGAUCGGGUCUUCUUCUUCAAGACUGCUUCCUGGGACUCGUCUUUUCGCUUCUGUUGGCGUCUUCCUACCAUUGAAUAUAUCCGAUCUAAACCGUCAGGAUUGUGCCUUUAAAGCUCAAGCUUGUUUCCUACUAAGAGCCACACGGCAGCUAGUAUUAUAGGUGGAUUAAUAUUACCGGAAAAAUAAGGGAGACUUGAAUGACCACCUUGGCUUAGUGACGGCUCAUAAGCCAGAAAUUGCCAUUCCAGUCUCCCUUGUCUUUGUCGGUAGUGUUAUUCUUCUUCUUCUUCUUCUUCUUCUUCUACUACUACUACUACUACUACUACUACUACUACUACUACUACUACUACUACUACUACUAAUUUGUGAGAAUUUUUGUGGCGAGAUGGUCAAAGGCAACUCGAAAGGCUUUUACAGGAAAUCCAACAAUCUAGCGUUUGCGACGUAAGCUAAGGCAAGGUACUUUUAUCAUUACGGAUGAGCCGACAGCAAAAUAUUUUCGGCUAGAUCUUAUUUCGUAACCCUACCCGUUAGGAGGUAGGAUAAGGGGUUAGGGUUAGAAGUUGUGGUUAGGUGUCGGGGUUAGGGGUCAAGGUUAGGGGUUGGGGUUAGGGGUUAGGGAUUAGUGGUUAGGGUUAAGGGUUGUGGUUAGGGGUUAAGGUUAGAGGUUAGGGUUAAGGAUUAGACUGGGCUUGUCUACUGCAGGGACGGCUGUAGCAGCCGCUGCAGCCCCCCUCUUCUCCGGCUCCGUUUUGUCGGUCGAUGGUCGAGACAAGCACUGACAGGCCGUUGACACACGACCACCCACACCGGCUAGAACUGGGGCCCCUCCCGUCCAACUGCAGUGACCCCCGGCUGCCCUCACAAACUAGUAUCACCUAACGCGCGUCCAACGCUCUGGCUUGAUUCCCGUGAGGCCUUGUGAGUAUGCGCCCUCCAUUCCUCCCCUAGUUUGUCCAAUCACACAACCAACACUCAGCCAGUCACUCCUCCUGCUGACCCAGACGCACACCCGCGUAAACAACACACACACCGUGACUGACGCUCUCCGUGAACGGACGCUUUUCUCUGUUGCAAGCAAAUCGCCAACUUACGGCAACAUGCCCUGUGUACAGAAUAAACUAGUCCUCACAGCUCCCUGACUUCUGACAGUAGACGAAACGAACUUAUUGUGCGUGGUUUAAGUCGAUCUCACAUCCUUGACCGCCACAAAUUGGUGACCUCGAAUUUCCGAACACUGGAAUUCUGCAAACAUUUCGUCCACAACAACAAUCUUCCGGCGACCUACAGCGCGAUGUCCCAAGACCAGAAGUCACUCAUCAACUCAAAUUCUCAAGGAGCUAGCGUUCGCUUGGAUCGGCUCGAGGAUGUAUUAAUGCGCUUGAAAGCCCAGCUUACUGCAGUUACCACUAACGGCCUGCGGCGAACACCAAAUCGUCGCCCUACUUCCUCCGAUUCCCACACCCGCCGUCCACAAUCUCCAAGUACCGUCUGCUGGUAUCACCAACAAUUUGGAGGAGCAGCUCGACGAUGUCUUCAGCCAUGCUCUUUCAAGGCAUCUCUAACGUCCUCAGGGAGACAAUCCCACUCGACAGUAUAGUCCACUGCUGCUGGAAGCGUUGCCAAUCUCCACACUCGCCGUUUGUUUCUCUGGGACCGUAUCGCUGGCGCCAAAUUCCUUGUCGACUCUUGUGCCGAGGUUAGCGUGGUUCCACCAACUCCGGCCGAACGCAAACACCGCAGCUCUUUUUGUCUAACAGCUGCCAACAACUCCAGCAUCCCCACCUUUGGACAGCGCUCCAUCACACUCGAUUUGGGCCUUCGUCGAAUUUUCCGAUGGGUUUUCAUUAUUGCCGACGUUUCCGUCGCUCUCAUAGGCGCCGAUUUCCUAGCUCACUUCAAUCUACUAGUUGAUUUGAAGAAUCGCCGACUCGUCGACUGCAUCACUGACCUUCAUGCCCGAUGUCAAUCCGAUGUGAACCCCUGCGUCAACCCUCUCACUGUUAUGCCCAUCUCUGACUGUCCUUUCCACUCACUCCUCAGGCAGUUUCCCCGCCUGACCAACGCCUCAUUUCGAGAAGUGGACAUCAAACACACAGUCACCCACCAUAUUUCCACCACCGGACCUCCCAAAUCUUGCCGACCACGUCGUCUCCCUCCAAACCAUUUGAAGAUUGCCAAGGCAGAGUUCGAACACAUGCUCGAGCUCGGCAUCAUCCGACAGUCCGACAGCUGCUGGGCAUCACCCUUCCACCUUGUCCCCAAGAAGAAUGGCGACUGGCGACCGUGUGGUGACUAUCGGGCAUUGAACUCUGUGACUGUUCCCGACCAGUAUCCCGUUCCGCACAUCCAAGACUUCACUCUUUCGCUACAUGGUAAGCGAAUAUUCUCCAAGAUCGACCUUGUGCGUGCCUACCAUCAAAUCCCGAUCGAGGCCAGUGAUGUUCCGAAAACUGCAGUGACCACUCCCUUUGGGUUAUUCGAAUUCACUCGUAUGCCCUUUGGUCUGAGGAACGCCACUCAAACCUUUCAGCGAUUCAUUGAUCAGGUUCUGCGAGGUCUCGACUUCGUCUACGCCUACAUUGAUGAUUUGCUAGUGGCUAGUUCUGACGCUGCUGAACACGAGAUUCAUCUUCGACAGCUCUUCGAACGGCUCGACUCCUACGACGUUAUCAUCAAUGCCGCCAAAUGUGAGUUUGGAGUCCCCAGUCUUGUCUUCCUUGGUCACGAAGUGAACUCAGAUGGGAUAAAGCCCGUCCCGGAAAAAGUUUCGGCCAUAUCAGCGUUCCCCGUCCCGACAACCAUCAACCAACUACGCCGAUUCUUGGGAAUGGUGAACUACUAUCACCGUUUUCUUCCCCAUGGUGCCACCAUACUGCAGCCUCUCAACAGCCUGUUGACCCACUCCAAGAAGACGCUGGUGAUGACCGAGGAGACCGUCAAGUCCUUCAAUGACGUCAAGGCCGCACUUGCGAGCGCAACACUACUAGCCCACCCCCGCGCUGAUGCUCAACUAACUUUCAUGACAUAUGCUUCCAGCACUGCCGUUGGUGCAUCACUGCAGCAAACUGUUGGUGGUGUUCUACAAUCUCUGGCUUUCUUCUCGAAGAAGCUAAGCCCUGCGGAGACCCGCUACAGUGUCUUCGGCCGAGAACUGCUCGCCGUCUACCUAUCCAUUCGGCACUUUCGCCAUUUCCUCGAGGGUCGUGAAUUUGUUGUUCUAACAGAUCACAAGCCACUCGUUUUUGCACUGAGGGCCUCUCCCGAUCGAUACUCGCCCCGUGAAAUCCGUCAUCUUGACUUCAUCUCACAGUUUUCCUGCGACAUCCAACAUGUCCACGGUAAGGAAAAUGUGGUUGCUGAUGCUCUUUCAAGACUCGAGAUGGCCUCCAUCACAACAGACGCCAUAGACUUCACGCUCAUGGCUGAGGCUCAGCGAUCGGAUGACGAGCUCUCCCAAUACCGCCACGAGGAUUCUUCUUUACGCCUUCAAGAUGUCCCCCUUCCCACUGGCACUGGCACUAUAACGUGUGAUCUUUCUACCGGACAUGAACGUCCCUUUGUCCCUGCAACUUUACGACGACGAGUGUUCAACGCCCUUCACAAUCUGUCCCACCCUGGAGUCCGGGCGACAGUGAAACUCAUCACUGACCGGUUCGUCUGGCCCAACAUCAACCGGGAUGUACGGCGUUAGACUCGAUCCUGUCUGUCAUGUCAGCGAGCCAAAACGCAUCGGCAUACUACUACUCCGCCAGGAACUUUCGCCACUCCUGAUGCACGCUUCAGUCAUGUGCACAUUGACCUGGUAGGUCCGCUGCCACCAUCUAACGGUUCUACCUAUAUGCUGACAUGCAUUGAUCGUUUUACUCGGUGGCCGGUUGCUGCGCCCAUUCCGGACAUCAGUGCUGAAACCGUUGCGAAAGCUUUCUUGACUCAUUGGGUGUCCAAUUUUGGAGUUCCUGCGACUGUCACCACUGACCGCGGAUCCCAAUUCGAGUCCACGCUGUUUCGCGAACUCACAUCCCUUCUCGGUACCAACCGAAUCCGAACAACAGCGUACCACCCUCAAGCAAACGGUCUCGUCGAACGCUUCCAUCGACAGCUCAAGACUUCCCUUAUGGCCCAGCCCGAUCCUUCCCGAUGGUCUGAUCACCUUCCCCUGGUGCUGUUGUCCCUCCGUUCCACUCUCAAGGCCGACAUCGGUUGCACUGCAGCUGAUCUUGUCUACGGAACCUCCCUACGACUGCCCGGUGAGUUAGUGUCCCCCUCAAACAUGCUAACGUUUUUUGAACCUUGCAGUUAUGUGGAGCAGCUGCGUAGUGUCAUGCGCAAUCUUCGCGCAACGCCCCCUCGGGCGUCACCGGCCAAUUCCUUCAUCCCUCCCGACCUGGAUAAGUGCGAUUUCGUCUUGGUUCGGCAUGACGCUGUCCGACGACCACUCCAACCACCCUAUGACGGGCCGUAUAAAGUCCUUCGUCGAUCUGACAAAGAUGUUGUCAUCGACCGCAACGGCAAGACCGACACAGUCAGCAUUGAUCGCGUCAAGCCGGCCUACAUCGACGACAGUGACCAUCCCUCAUCCCAACACUGUACCCCGCCUCAGACAGUGCGGCCUCCUCCACCUACUGGCGACAGCCGCCCUCCGGUUCGCCACACACGAUCUGGUCGUCACGUCCACUGGCCCGACAGGUUUGUUGCUGGCUGGCAUGUCGACGCCUUCACUUUGUUUGGUGUCUGGGGGGGAGUUAUAGCAGCCGCUCCAGCCCCCCUUUUCUCCGGCUCCGUUUUGUCGGUCGAUGGCCGUGACAAGCACUGACAGGCCGCUGACACACGACCACCCACACCGGCUAGAACUGGGGCCCCUCCCGUCCAGCUGCAGUGACUCCCGGCUGCCCUCACAAAUUAGUAUCACCUAACCCGCGUCGAACGCUCUGGCUUGAUUCCCGUGAGGCCUUGUGAGUAUGCGCCCUCCAUUCCUCCCCUAAUUUGUCCAAUCACACAACCAACACUCAGCCAGUCACCCCUCCUGCUGACCCGGACGCACACCCGCGUAAACAACACACACACACCGUGGCUGACGCUCUCCGUGGACGGACGCUUUUCUCUGUUGCAAGCAAAUCGCCAACUUACGGCAACCUGCCCUGUGUACAGAAUAAACUAGUCCUAACAGCUCCCUGACUUCUGACAGUAGACGAAACGAACUUAUUGUGCGUGGUUUAAGUCGAUCUCACAUCCUUGACCGCCACACGGCUACGAAAUAAGAUCCGACCAUAGUUUCUACCAGAUUAUAUAUUUAAAAUUUUAAAAUUUACAUUUUACGAACAUUGCGACCCACCGUAUAUUCAUAUUAGAAUUCGAAAGUGCGUUUUUUCCCCCAAUAAAUCAGUCUGCAACAUUCUUUCGAAUGCAGUUUCCAAGACGGCACCGGUGCCACCCAAUUCAGUCAAGAAAUGGGAGCUCUUAAACUAUUUAUCGGCGCAGAAACACUUGUUAAAAACGUUGGAUGCCAAAUCGGCAGCAGUCUCAGUCAUAAGGCGGUAAAACACUGCGUAAGGCAAACGAAUAUGUCCCCAAGCAAAAUCUCUCGUCGCGGACUCCCGAGAUUUGGAAAAUGUGUCUAGUUGGCCAUUUAGAUCGGUGCUCUACCAUUUGGGUCACGAAUUCACGCUCUACCUACCAAGAUCAAAAAUACCUGAAGUCACAUGGUAUAAACGUUUCUACAUCCGUCCUGAUUGGAGGAGGGUAUAGGCUCAGCGACUGUAUCGAUUUUUCGCUAAUGAUUGCUGCUCAUCACUCGAUCGUUUGCGCUUCCAGGUUCCGCGCUCGUGGUAGAUCGAUGGGCACCAAUACUACCUCCUCACGGCAAUCUUUAAUCGAUUUAAAUCAAUGGUCUAAAAUUUUUGACUCAUAGGGCAUCAGCGACGAUGAAUUUUAUCACCCAAACUAGAAGACGUUCUUAUGUACUUCUUCAUAACUACUGUGUUUUAUACGCAUCGAAUGAUAAACGGAGCAUGCUGAGUGGACUGGGCUGAAUGUUGUAGGCUCUCAGUUAGGUAAGUUAAAUAUCUCAAGUUGAAUUUCAGUCGUCUAUAAGGACAACUUUUGAAUGAAUCAUAAGGAAAUGACUACUGAACCAGGAAAUAUGGAGCCCCUUGCUACAGAUGGCUCUGUACUACAGUCCCGGGGUGCUUGUUCCCGUGACUUAAUAUUAACAUCAACACUGACCCUAACCGUAACACUAACCCUCAUAAUCCUUCUAACCCUAUCUGUCAUGGAAUAUGACGUAAUUCCAGCUGUAAUACGUGGAAGGGACAACAUUCCCGGUAACAGAUCAUAUGACGACACAGGUCCAUCGUUGAUUUCGACGAUGUCUGCCGUGUGGUGAACAGCAAUGUAGGAGCAGGGAAGGCAAUUUGCGAGUGAUUUAGCUUAUAGUGAUAGCAGACUUUCGCAGCAUCUACCGCACUUCCUCCUCCACACUCCCCACCUGGAUCCGGUGUCAAGACAGAGUCAAGAAGAUCGGGGGCGGGGGAGGCCUCGGGUGGGUGGCACGGCCGAGGCGACGAAAGGGGAGAAAAAACGAUCAGCCCGGAGCCGACUAGUUCGACCAGUCGUUUAAAAAUCCUGGUCGAUAUCCCGUAUUAGACGCUUCGAAAAUGGUGAGCUGGCCAAGCUCUUCAAGACAUCAGCAACACAAUCAAUCGAUUCCAAUGAACCCCUUCUCUUUCUCGAAUUAUCCGCCGGAACUCUCAUCUUUGAAGACUUGUUUUAUUAAUUUAUAAACAGAUCGAGUCGGAUAUCGAAAAUUCACAGUUCUCUGUGCAGCUUGGAGAGCGCAAAGUUUAGAUGUUUUGGGGAAAAAAUAGAACGCAAACCAUUCUGAGCAAGAAACGGCUGACGGACAACAGCCUUCUGAGUAUGUUUGUGUAUGAACAGUUCGAACAUCACGCUGUCUGAAAGCAGCCUACAUAUGGAGGAUUAAACCCGACCUGUGUCAAAAAGCAGACCUUGUGGCCAACUCGAACUUGGUUUGACAACAACUAGUUCUUUGUAAAUCAGCGCGCACCUCUUAUUAUUUCUGUGUUUUAAACUGGGAACUUGCUGAUUCCGCAUGGAAGUUUCGGAAAAAAAUUGACUUUCUGAGCCCUACCUACUAGCUAUCUACGUUGUAAAACCACAGGUGGAAGUAAGUAAGUUGCCGAGAAUAUGUUGGCAUCAUUAAAUCCCGCGGUUUACGGGUAUUUUAAAUUUUAACAAAAUUGACGCGAAAAUAAACUAUAAGAAUAUCACACUUUCAAGGUACUGGACAAGGGUUUGCCCAGAAGAAGGAAGUUGCCAUAUAAGGCAUACAAGCACAGCGUCCUCCUUCCCAGUUGCCAUAUAUGGCCAGUUUUCCUUCUGUGCUGAACGGAUGCAAAAGGUGGGCGAAUCAGUCUGAAGGUCGCAACUGUUGUGCUGCUGAAUCACAUCCCAAAGACAGCCAAUCAGCGCCCAGUGUGAAGACGUGUGCGUACACGCGACCAAUCAAAAUUCCGCACGCGUGCGUGCAAACACGGCGCACGUCCGCUGUCGAAAAAGCAUAAAUGGCUGCCCAGCGCGAGUGGACGGAUAACGCAGCAGCACACCUGCAACCAGACGUACAUCACUCGAAACCAGGGUCCAAAUGGGUGACGAAGAAGUCCAGGCUCUUGUUGUUGACAAUGGCUCCGGCAUGUGCAAAGCCGGCUUCGCCGGAGACGAUGCCCCUCGCGCCGUCUUCCCCUCAAUCGUGGGUCGCCCGCGUCAUCAGGUGAGCAAAUAUCACUGAGCCGAGACUAGUAACAGUGACGAUUAGUUGCAUUUGCGCUCAGAUGCUCACUUCAACAUCCUCUCAUCAUCAUCAUCAUCAUCAUCAUCAUCAUCAUCAUCAUCUACUUUUUACUUUUAUGAUUACAGGGCGUCAUGGUGGGCAUGGGCCAGAAGGACAGCUACGUCGGCGAUGAGGCCCAGUCCAAACGUGGCAUUCUGACCCUCAAAUACCCCAUCGAACACGGCAUCGUCACCAACUGGGACGACAUGGAGAAGAUCUGGCAUCACACCUUCUACAACGAGCUCCGUGUUGCCCCUGAGGAACACCCUGUCCUCCUCACUGAGGCUCCACUCAACCCCAAGGCCAACCGUGAGAAGAUGACUCAGAUCAUGUUCGAGACCUUCAACACACCCGCCAUGUACGUCGGCAUCCAGGCCGUGCUGUCGCUCUACGCCUCCGGUCGUACCACCGGUAUCGUGCUGGACUCGGGUGACGGUGUCACUCACAGCGUACCCAUCUACGAGGGCUAUGCUCUGCCCCACGCCAUCCUCCGUCUGGAUCUGGCCGGUCGUGAUCUCACCGACUACCUCAUGAAGAUCCUGACUGAGCGUGGCUACAGCUUCACCACCACGGCCGAGCGAGAAAUCGUGCGUGACAUCAAGGAGAAGCUCUGCUACGUGGCUCUCGACUUCGAGCAGGAGAUGGCUACUGCCGCCUCCAGCUCCUCCCUCGAGAAGAGCUACGAACUGCCUGAUGGUCAGGUCAUCACCAUCGGCAACGAACGCUUCCGUUGCCCUGAGUCUCUCUUCCAGCCCAGCUUCCUGGGUAUGGAAUCUGCGGGUAUCCAUGAGUCCACCUUCAACGCCAUCAUGAAGUGCGAUGUGGACAUCCGUAAGGACCUGUAUGCCAACACUGUGCUGUCUGGUGGCACCACGAUGUACCCGGGCAUUGCUGAUCGUAUGCAGAAGGAGAUCACCUCGCUGGCUCCCAGCACCAUGAAGAUCAAGAUUGUGGCUCCUCCGGAGCGCAAGUACUCUGUCUGGAUCGGUGGUUCCAUCCUGGCCUCUCUGUCCACCUUCCAGCAGAUGUGGAUCUCCAAGCAGGAGUACGAUGAAUCUGGCCCCGGCAUUGUCCACCGCAAAUGCUUCUAA